ACGAUUGCAGUUCAAAAUUACGAGGCAAGCUGCCAGAGUAAAUUAAUCUGGUGUAAGUAAUACGUUAAAAAAAUGUCCGGUCUGCUAGUCGCUCUGCCUCUUCAGCUCGCUUGCCAGCUGUAUAGUAAUGGUAAUUUGAGCUACGGGAAUAAUAGUUUUGAUUACACGUCAGCGCCGAAUCAACCCACUGUUCUACCAGCGGGUUAUACCGCGUUUCCAGAUGUCGGAGUAGCCUACAAGCUCCACAAAAAUCAAGUCACGUGGAACACGGCAAGAAAACUGUGUGUCGCUGAUGGUGGGAACUUGGCCGUCAUCGACUCCUUCAAAAAGAACGACUACGUAGCGAGCAUGAAAGGACUUGGUUCACACGUGGGUAUUCAUAGAUUGUUCGAUAAUGUCGAAUGGGUCAGUGUUAAAACUGGUCAACCGCUGAAUUUUAUACCGUGGAGACCAGACCUAGGAUCUGGGCAAUGUGGGGCAAUAUUUAGUGAUGGAAAGGGAGUAGGCCCUUGGAAUUGCAACUCUGUAAUACCGGUCUUGUGUGAGAUUCCAAUGUUCACUAAUCGCGAUAAUGAGAUAGAAAUCUCCCAGAAGCAAAUGGUCGCGUUAGUCCGCAAUAAUUAACUCAUCGAGAACGUACCUAUUUCUUCGAUCAUGGACAACACUCUGGGUCAAAAUGAUUUUGUCUAAUUUUUUAUGCACCAUUUCAAAUAUACGAGUGCGAUCUACCUGAAAAGAUUCAGGGGCAUACUUUCACUAUCUUAACAUAUGAUAGCGUAGUUUAGAAUUAUAAAUAUGACUUAAAAAUCUGAAUGAAAGGGAAUUUUUGAAGAAUUACUGUUACAGAAGAGAAGAGUAUGAGUCAGAAUGACCCACUCUGUGCUUUAAUGGUUUAAACCCUGGCAGAUUUCGUCUCGCUGAAAUUGAACUGAAGUUACACUUAGAUUUCGAGGUGUAGUUAGGAAUCUUUUUACGCUGUAUUUUCACUGUGAUUGCAAUAAAAACAUACCAAAACCCUGUUGGCAUCACUGA